UCCUGUCGGUGGGGGCAGCAGGAUGCUGGUGGAAGCAGAGGGGACCGGCCGGGUGCCUCCGCAGCUCGGCUGGCAGGGCCCGGCGGGGCGUGUGCGGCUGCUGGUGCGCGCCCCCCAGCCCCACGCCUCCCCAUGCAGCCCUGGCAGUGCCUCCGGCGCUUUGCCCUGGCCUGGUGGGAGAGGACAGCGGAGGGCAGAGCCCGCUCUCCCAGGGAGGAGGCCGGACCGAGGGACCCUGGGGGCCGAGGGGAGCCAGAUCCGGAGCGGAGCAGCCCCCCCAUGCUGUCUGCGGACGAUGCCGAGUACCCGCGGGAGUACCGGACCCUGGGGGGCGGGGGCGGCGGGGGCAGCGGGGGCCGGCGCUUCUCCAACGUGGGGCUGGUGCACACGUCCGAGCGGAGGCACACGGUGAUCGCGGCCCAGAGCCUGGAGGCGCUCAGCGGGCUCCAGAAGGCGGACGCCGACCGCAAGCGCGAUGCCUUCAUGGACCAUCUGAAGAGCAAGUACCCGCAGCACGCCCUGGCCCUGCGAGGCCAGCAGGACAGGAUGCGAGAGCAGGUUGGCGGCUGGACCGUGGACCCCGUGUGCCUUCUCAGCUCCCUCUGCUCCCACCUCCACGGCGACUCCGCCCCCUCCGGGGCUGGCCAGCCGGCCCAGCAGCCAAACUACUGGAGUUUCAAGACCCGCAGCUCACGCCACACUCAGGGAGCCCAGCCUGGGCUGGCAGACCAGGCGGCAAAGUUGUCAUACGCCUCGGCCGAGUCGCUGGAGACCAUGUCGGAGGCCGAGCUGCCCCUGGGCUUCAGCAGGAUGAACCGCUUCCGACAGAGUCUGCCUCUCUCCCGCUCAGCCAGCCAGACCAAGCUGCGCUCCCCAGGGGUGCUGUUCCUGCAGUUCGGGGAGGAGACUCGGCGCGUGCACAUCACGCACGAGGUCAGCAGCCUGGACACGCUGCACGCACUCAUCGCGCACAUGUUCCCGCAGAAGCUCACCAUGGGCAUGCUUAAGUCGCCCAAUACUGCCAUCCUCAUCAAAGACGAGGCUCGCAACGUCUUCUACGAGCUGGAGGACGUCCGGGACAUACAGGACCGCAGUAUUAUCAAGAUCUACAGGAAGGAGCCCCUCUAUGCUGCUUUCCCUGGUUCACACCUCACCAACGGGGACCUCCGGAGAGAGAUGGUGUACGCGUCACGGGAGUCAUCGCCCACGCGGCGCCUCAACAACCUGUCGCCAGCGCCGCACCUGGCAUCCGGCUCGCCGCCGCCCGGGCUGCCGUCGGGGCUGCCGUCCGGGCUGCAGUCGGGCUCGCCGUCGCGCUCGCGCCUCUCGUACGCCGGGGGGCGCCCGCCCUCCUACGCCGGUAGCCCGGUGCACCACGCGGCGGAGCGGCUGGGAGGCGCCCCGGCCGCCCAGGGCGUCAGCCCCAGCCCCAGCGCCAUCCUGGAACGGCGAGACGUGAAGCCGGACGAGGACCUGGCGGGCAAGGCGGGCGGCAUGGUGCUGGUGAAGGGCGAGGGCCUCUACGCUGACCCCUACGGGCUGCUGCACGAGGGUCGUCUGAGCCUGGCCGCGGCAGCUGGCGACCCGUUCGCCUACCCGGGCGCCGGCGGCCUCUACAAGCGCGGCUCGGUGCGCUCGCUCAGCACCUACUCGGCCGCCGCGCUGCAGUCCGACCUGGAGGACUCCCUGUACAAGGCGGCGGGCGGCGGCGGCCCGCUCUACGGCGACGGCUACGGCUUCCGCCUGCCGCCCUCGUCGCCGCAAAAGCUGGCAGACGUGGCGGCGCCCCCCGGAGGCCCCCCGCCACCGCACAGCCCCUACUCGGGGCCGCCCAGCCGCGGCUCGCCGGUGCGCCAGUCCUUCCGCAAAGACUCGGGCUCGUCAGUCUUCGCGGAAAGUCCUGGAGGGAAGACCCGCAGCACUGGGAGUGCCUCGACGGCCGGCGCCCCCCCUUCAGAGCUCUUCCCUGGGCCUGGGGAGCGCCCGCUGGUUGGGUUUGGGCCGCCAGUGCCAGCCAAGGACACGGAGACCAGGGAGCGCAUGGAGGCCAUGGAGAAGCAGAUUGCCAGCCUCACAGGCCUGGUGCAGAGCGCCUUACUCCGAGGCUCUGAGCCUGAGACCCCCAGUGAGAAGAUUGAAGGCUCCAAUGGAGCAGCCACCCCCUCAGCACCUUGUGGGUCAGGCGGCCGGAGCAGCGGGGCCACCCCGGUGUCCGGCCCGCCCCCGCCCUCGGCCAGCAGCACCCCCGCAGGGCAGCCUACCGCCGUUAGCCGGCUGCAGAUGCAGCUGCACCUGAGAGGCCUGCAGAACAGCGCCAGUGACCUGCGCGGCCAGCUCCAGCAGUUGCGCAAGCUCCAGCUACAGAACCAGGAGUCGGUGCGCGCGCUGCUGAAGCGCACGGAGACAGAGCUGAGCAUGCGCGUGUCGGAGGCCGCGCGACGGCAGGAGGACCCGCUGCAGCGCCAGCGCACCCUGGUGGAGGAGGAGAGGCUGCGCUAUCUCAACGACGAGGAGCUCAUUACCCAGCAGCUCAAUGACCUGGAGAAAUCGGUGGAGAAGAUCCAGAGGGACGUAUCCCACAACCACCGGCUGGUGCCCGGUCCCGAGCUGGAGGAGAAGGCGCUGGUGCUGAAGCAGCUCGGGGAGACUCUGACGGAGCUCAAGGCUCACUUCCCAGGCCUGCAGAGCAAGAUGCGAGUGGUGCUGCGCGUGGAGGUGGAGGCAGUGAAGUUCCUGAAGGAGGAGCCUCAGCGCCUGGAUGGGCUCCUCAAGCGCUGCCGCGGGGUCACAGACACGCUGGCCCAGAUCCGAAGGCAAGUGGAUGAGGGUGUGUGGCCACCCCCGAACAACCUCCUGAGUCAGUCCCCCAAGAAGGUGACGGCAGAGACUGACUUCAACAAGAGCGUGGACUUCGAAAUGCCACCCCCCAGCCCCCCGCUGAACCUGCACGAGCUGAGCGGGCCAGCUGAAGGAGCCUCUCUUACCCCCAAAGGGGGCAACCCCACCAAAGGCCUGGACACUCCUGGCAAGAGAAGCGUGGACAAGGCUGUGUCUGUUGAGGCUGCAGAGCGAGACUGGGAGGAGAAGCGGGCAGCCCUGACCCAGUACAGUGCCAAGGACAUCAACCGGCUGCUGGAAGAGACACAGGCGGAGCUGCUCAAGGCCAUCCCUGACCUGGACUGUGCCAGCAAGGCACAUCCAGGCCCAGCCCCCACGCCAGACCACAAGCCCCCCAAGGCCCCCCACGGCCAGAAGGCAGCCCCCCGAACAGAGCCCAGCGGGAGGAGAGGCUCAGAUGAGUUGACAGUGCCUCGAUACCGCACCGAGAAGCCCUCCAAGUCGCCCCCGCCGCCCCCUCCCCGCCGGAGCUUCCCCUCCUCUCACGGCCUGACCACCACACGCACUGGAGAGGUGGUGGUCACCAGUAAGAAGGACUCGGCCUUCAUCAAGAAGGCCGAGUCCGAGGAGCUGGAGGUGCAGAAGCCCCAAGUGAAGCUGCGCCGGGCGGUGUCCGAGGUGGCCCGCCCGGCCUCCACGCCACCCAUCAUGGCCUCGGCCAUCAAGGACGAGGAUGAUGAGGAUCGCAUCAUCGCAGAGCUGGAGGUGUUUGAGAGAAGCUCAGUGUCUUCCCUCCCCCCCACGCCCCGCCGCCAGCUGAUCCCCACCUUGCUGUCCCCCCAGGACCUGGGGCCCCCCAGGGGCUCAGCCCUGGGCCCUACACGGAAGAGUGGCGGAGGCAGUGUACCGCCCAUGAAGGUGGUGACUCCAGGGGCCUCUCGGCUGAAGGCAGCCCAGGGCCAGGCGGGCAGCCCCGACAAAAGCAAGCAUGGCAAGCAGAGGGCCGAGUACAUGCGGAUCCAGGCCCAGCAGCAGGCCACUAAACCAUCUAAAGAGAUGAGCGGGUCGAAUGAGACCUCGAGCCCAGUCUCAGAAAAGCCCUCGGCUUCCAGAACCUCUAUCCCCGUAUUGACUUCCUUUGGGGCAAGGAAUUCUUCCAUCUCCUUCUAGAAGCCCCUCACCCGCCACCCUGCCUGUCCCCCUCCCUUCCUCCUGCCAUUUCUCCCCUGUCUUCCCUUCAUCUCAGCCCCAUCCCACUCUCCAGACCCCCAGCGGUGUGCCCUGCUGAGGAGGGGCUGCCCUCCCCAGUUCCCUCUACCAUCCUCUGUUGGUGUUUUUGGUUUUUUUUUUUUUUUUUUUUUAACGGUUCACUUUUAAUUCUCUUUUUUUAAACAGUAAAACUAAAAACCAAACACACCACCUUCCUUGAUGGUUCCCAGCUGGCCUCUCAUUGGCUGCACCUGUCAUGUCUCUCCCUCUUCUCUUUCACCACUCUCCCCGCUCCGAGUCCAUCCUGAAGCUCCUGCACCCCCUUCCUGCCUUCCCCUCGCUUCCUAAGAAUACUCCAAACAAACUGAGCCACGGAGACUGGGAGCAGUGGGAGACCCUCUCCCCUUUCUUGGUACCUACCUGGAGGAACUGGGGGAUCAUCGGACCAACCCCUACAUCAGGCCGGAGAGCGGGGCGCAGGGAGGCUGACCUUGGAGACGCCCCAUUCUCUGUCCCAGCUCGGACAAGACUGUGACCUCUGUGGCUGCUCUGUGCCCUCCUACUCACACCCUGGUGGGCCUGAAGUCCAGACGGACGGGCUGGAGGAGGGGCUGAAGCUUGAGAGGCCUCAGGGUGGGUGUGAGGUCAGUCGUGGAGUCUGUGUCCCUGCGGAGGUGCUGGCCUCCCGGGUCUCGCCGUCCCGUGGGGAGUGGAGGACGGAGGCCCUUUGGACCACUGGCUGUGAAGGGUGGGUCACAAGGACAGCUGGACAUCAGGGACACUGCCUUGGGAGAGGGUGCCCCGGACGGGUAUUUGGUACUUUUAGUUUCCUGAUUUAGCACUUUAAAUGGCAUUAACUUAUUUAAGGGGGGUGGGGCGGGCAAGAACAAGGGACCUAGAAAACCAGGUUUUGUGGCCCGCAGGUUGGGGAAGGGUCCGGUAUGGGGGGAAUGGGAGAGUCAGAGGGGCUUGACAGGGAGCAGUGAAGACAACUGGGACCCAAAGGUGGGGUGACCUGACCUUCAGGCGUCCUCUUUGUGAUUUGAGGGUUUUCUGGGAAAGGGUGGGAUGUAGUUUUUCAGUGGGGCUCUGGUGACCCUGGUGAGAUGUCUGAAGGUCCCUGAGGCCUGAUCGUCCAGCCAGUGCCCCCGGCCUGUGGACGCGGUCGGCAGUGCCACCUGGCUUUUGGCCAGGUCUUGGGGAGCCAGAGAGAGAGGCCACUUCUGGUUCUCACUCCUGGCCCCCCAGAGGGCACAGUGAAGAGCCAGCAGGGACAUGAUGGGAGAGGAGGUGGAGGAGGAGCGGGGUCCCUGGCAGCGGGAUUCCCCCUUGGAGCACAAAUCGAAGCAAGCACAGGGGAGGGACUGGAGUGGGUCCCCACAGCAAGCACAGAGAGGAGGAGCCGGGGAGGCAGAGCCCCAGCCCCUGGGGCCUGGCUGGGGAAGGUCCGAGCUUGGGGAGCUGGGAGCGGUUGAAGGUCUGGGGGGGAGGGGAAGGGGAAACGCGUUGUGUUUCUUCAUUUCGUUUCUUUUCUUGGUUUUGCCUUUGUUGGUUCAUCCUUGUUUUCUAGCUUUGGAUCAUUUUUGUACCAAGGCGAGCAAGCCUUUUUGAAAAAUAACAAAAGAGGAAAAAAAAAAAUCCCUCCUGAAAAAAAAAAAAAAAACCCUGGAAAAUAGGAAAAAAAGGACCUCAUAAAUGAUGCAAUUACUUUUAAUUGCAGGCAACUCUUUACAUUUAAGUGAAGUGUCUUAACAUUUUAUAUUGUUUUAAAAAUAUAUUUACAUAUUAUAUAUAUAAUAUACGUACUAUAAAUAUAUAUAAAUAUUUAAAAAAGAAAAAAAAAAACCACGGCACUCUCUCCCUGGCCGCUGUUUUGGCGGGGGAGGGGGUCUGGGGGGCAGGCACGUCGGCCUGGCUUCUGUCCUCCGGGUGAAACGGUCUGGUUUGAUUUGGCUGUACAGAGACCCCCUGGCUUGGGAGGGGAGGGGGGAGUGGUGCCCCCUCCUCCCUCCGCUCAUUACUCUGCUUGCUACUUCGCUUGCCCGCAGCUCCCACCCUCAGCCCUGUGACUGGAAUGUGUGCCCCACCGUCAUUGUCCUGAGUUGAAUGUCCCUUUGUGGGGGAGGUGGGGGGGGCAGUGUCCAUCCAUGAAGGGGCAGAAGGAGGGAGCCACGGGCCCCGCCCCGCCCACCUGGGGGAAGCCCAGUGGGUUUGCAUCUUUCUUUCCCUUCAGUUUUGGCACAUUUACGGGCUGGGAGGCACCCGUGUGGAAUCACGUGCGGCCUGCGUGUGUGCAGAUGCAUGGGGCCUGCAUCAGCAGGCGUGGCCGAGCACUCGUGUGGGGGAGGCGUGUGCACAUCAGUGCAUGUAACCUGUUUGGGCAUUGGCACGUGCCUACCUGCAUGUUAGCGUGAGAGGAGCUUCGUGUGUGAGAACAGGUGAUGUGUGCGCAGACACGCCUAGCGCCGGAGACAUGUUCGUGGGCCACAUACAUGUAGACAGAGGCUCGUACAGAGAGGUGCAUGUGAUCUGUGUCUGCCAGUGUGUGUGUGCACGGGUGUGUGCUGGUGCAGACCCAGGCGUGUGGGUGUGCCUCUGUGUGCGUGUGUGCACAUGUGUUCCAUCAUCCCUGCACUGCUGGCUCCAGCUCCCUUCCCAAGCCCCCGUCCCCGCUGGCCCUCUCACAGCCCGCAGCACGUCAGUGCCCCCAGCUGCAUGCGCCUCGCUGCCCUGUCCAUCAGUGUGUGCUUGACCAAGAGACAACAAAGACGUCUGGGGGGACCCCUGUACCUGAUCCUCUCAGCCUCCGCCCACUGUGCUGUGUUACUCGCAUGGGGGGUUUCUCUCCUGCUCCUUCCACAAUAUGCUGUUUCCCCUGGAGCCUCAGGCCCGAGGCUCUGAGUGGGGUCCCCAGGGGCCCCCACUGGGGUGAGCCCCGGCUCCACACCCUGCCCCGUCCACCCUGUAGGGCCCGUGUUGGUGUAGCAGUGAUGGCUUCUGUGGAUAUUCUGUGACCUCUGUCAGUGUAACUUGACAAUUUCUAAAUGGAAAAGGGUUGCUGUGUUUUCUCUGUCUCUCUUUUUUAAUGUCCUUUUUUCUUCUCCUCACCUCCCUGCUCUCUUUCCUUUUCAGUUUUUCUAGCCAAGUGUUUGGGGCUUUAAUAAAACUUGUUUCUUUUUCCUCUCCUGGAUCUCCUUC